UGUACUUCCCUUUCCUCAUGCGGAAGGUUAGAGGGGGCUGGAGUUGGAUAUUUCCCUUCCUCCAGGUUAUUGAAUAUAGUUUCCUGUGCUAUACGUUUUUGUGGGUUAGGAACUUGGGAGCGACUUGGCUGGGCCAUUUGGCUUGGAUGUCAUCAACCUCUGAAGGCUUGACUGGAGUUGGAGGAUCCUUCCCAAGGUGGCUCAUUCGCAUGCCUGGCAGGGGAACUUCUGUUUCAUGUCCACCAUCCCACUUUAUUCUGCUAAUCUGCUAAUGCAGUAAAUUGGAAGACACCUGUUGCCAGGAUAACCUGUAAUGGGCAAGGAGCCACAGAAAAGAAAACAUUUCUUUUAAUUUUUAAACUUGGUUUGAAAGAGCAGCAUGUUUUGGAAAUUUGAUCUUCACUCAUCAUCCCACAUAGACACACUUCUAGAAAGAGAAGAUGUAACACUGAAGGAGUUGAUGGAUGAGGAAGAUGUUUUACAGGAAUGUAAAGCUCAGAACCGCAAACUUAUAGAGUUCCUGUUAAAAGCAGAAUGUCUCGAAGAUUUAGUCUCAUUCAUUAUUGAAGAACCACCUCAAGACAUGGAUGAAAAGAUCAGAUACAAGUAUCCAAAUAUAUCUUGUGAGCUGCUCACUUCUGACGUCUCCCAGAUGAAUGAUAGACUGGGAGAAGAUGAAUCCCUGCUGAUGAAAUUGUAUAGCUUCCUCCUAAACGAUUCCCCCUUGAACCCACUACUUGCCAGUUUCUUCAGCAAGGUGCUAAGUAUUCUUAUCAGCAGAAAACCAGAACAGAUUGUGGAUUUCCUAAAGAAGAAACGUGACUUUGUGGACCUUAUUAUGAAGCACAUAGGAACAUCGGCCAUCAUGGACUUGUUGCUCAGGCUCCUGACGUGCAUUGAGCCUCCACAGCCCAGGCAGGAUGUGCUGAAUUGGUUAAAUGAGGAGAAAAUUAUCCAGAGGCUUGUGGAAAUAGUUCAUCCAUCGCAAGAAGAAGAUCGGCAUUCAAAUGCAUCACAGUCACUUUGUGAAAUUGUUCGCCUGAGCAGAGACCAGAUGUUACAAAUUCAGAACAGUACAGAGCCAGACCCCCUGCUUGCCACUCUAGAAAAGCAAGAAAUUAUAGAGCAGCUCCUAUCAAAUAUUUUCCACAAGGAGAAGAAUGAAUCAGCCAUAGUCAGCGCAGUCCAGAUAUUGUUGGCUUUACUUGAGACACGGCGACCAACAUUUGAAGGUCAUAUAGAGAUCUGCCCACCAGGCAUGAGUCAUUCAGCUUGUUCGGUCAACAAGAGCGUUCUAGAAGCCAUCCGAGGAAGACUUGGAUCUUUUCAUGAACUCCUGCUUGAGCCACCCAAGAAAAGUGUGAUGAAGACUACGUGGGGCGUGCUGGACCCUCCCGUGGGGAACACCCGGUUGAAUGUGAUUAGGUUGAUAUCCAGCCUCCUCCAAACAAACACCAGCAGUAUCAACGGGGACCUUAUGGAGCUGAAUAGCAUUGGGGUCAUAUUGGACAUGUUCUUCAAAUACACAUGGAAUAACUUUUUACACACACAAGUGGAAAUUUGUAUUGCACUGAUUCUUGCAAGUCCUUUUGAAAACACAGAAAAUAGCACAAUUACUGAUCAAGACUCCACUGGUGACAAUUUGUUAUUGAAACAUCUCUUUCAAAAAUGUCAAUUGAUAGAACGAAUACUUGACGCCUGGGAAAUGAACGAGAAGAAACAGGCGGAGGGAGGAAGACGGCACGGCUACAUGGGACACCUGACGAGGAUAGCCAACUGCAUCGUGCACAGCGCCGAUAAGGGCCCCAGCAGCGCCUUAGUGCAGCGGCUCAUCAGAGAUCUUCCAGACGAAGUCAGGGAGCGAUGGGAGACGUUCUGCACCAGCUCCUUAGGAGAAACUAACAAGAGGAACACGGUAGAUCUAGUUACAACCUGCCAUAUUCAUUCAUCCAGUGAUGAUGAAAUUGACUUUAAAGAAACGGGUUUCUCACAGGAUUCUUCUUUGCAGCAAGCCUUUUCUGAUUAUCAGAUGCAACAAAUGACGUCCAAUUUUAUUGACCAGUUUGGCUUCAACGAUGAGAAGUUUGCAGAUCAAGAUGACAUUGGCAAUGUUUCUUUUGAUCGGGUAUCAGACAUCAACUUUACUCUCAAUACAAAUGAAAGUGGAAAUAUUGCCUUGUUUGAAGCAUGUUGUAAGGAAAGAAUACAGCAGUUUGAUGAUGGUGGCUCUGAUGAGGAAGAUAUCUGGGAGGAAAAACACAUUGCAUUUACACCAGAAUCCCAAAGACGAUCAAGCUCGGGGAGUACAGACAGUGAGGAAAGUACAGACUCUGAAGAAGAAGAUGGAGCAAAACAAGACUUGUUUGAAUCCAGUAGUGCCAACACAGAGGAUAAAAUGGAGGUAGACCUGAAUGAACAGACCGGCAGGUUGGACCCAAACUGCAGCAUGAGAGGAGCAGCACAGACAGGGAGCAGCGCCCCUGCAGUCCCGCCGCCCCCACCUCUGAACGCACUCCUGUGCCUGCAGGACCUAGAAGCACCCAGCUGGUCUGCCAGCUUUGAUGUCCCCAUGGAGACAACGCACGGUGCUCCCUUAGACUCUGUGGGUUCUGACGUCUGGAGCACAGAGGAGCCAGUGCCGACUAAGGAGACAGGCUGGGCUUCUUUUUCCGAGUUCGCAUCUUCCCUGAGCACAAAAGACUCUUUAAGGAGCAGUUCUCCAGUGGAAAUGGAGACCAGCACGGAGCCAGUGGGCCCUCUGGCGCCCAGUGCGGCUGCGCUGGUAGUGCAGCCGGAAGCGCCAGGCAGUGUGGCCAUGGAAGCCAGCUCUGAUGGAGAGGAGGAUGCAGAAAAUACAGACAAGGUAACUGAGACAGUGAUGAAUGGCGGCGUGAAGGAAACUCUGAGCCUCACUGUGGAUGCCAAGACAGAAACCGCGGUCUUCAAAAGUGAGGAAGGAAAACUGUCUACCUCUCAAGAUGCUGCUUGUAAAGACGCGGAGGAGAGCCUGGAGACGGCAGAGGGGAAGUCUGCAGCCCCCCGGCCCCCCAGCAGCCCAGAGCAGAGGACUGAGCAGUCGAGCAUGCCGGGCCAUGCGGCGGUUAACGGCCCCGUAUGAUGAGCGAGCUCCGCCGCCGCUGCCGCCGCCGCCGCCGCUGCUGCUGCUGCUGACCGGGGACCGCAGGCGCCACCGUGCGGGGUCCGGGGCUGCGUCGGGGGCCCGCCGAGCCACCGCUGCUGCACGCACCCUGCAAGGGAUCAGGACCAGCAACCUUUAUAUUCUAGAGUCUAAGACGUUGUACAGAGAAACCCAGAAGUGUACAAAUAUUGCACAUUGACAAAUACCAAGAAUUUUUGCGUAUGUUUAUAUUGUAUUGUUCUAAAUAAUGGGUAGCCUGUGAAAUAAGAUCUUGCCACCCAUGUAAUAAUAGUAGUAAUACUAUAGUUAAAAUGGCUGUAAGAAUAGUUUUAUAAAAGUGAAUACACAGAUCUAUUGUAUUUGAAACAUAACUAUUUGACAAUUAUUAGUGUGACCAAAGUAUUAGGCAGUUUUCAUACAUUUUUCACCUUGUACAAAGUUCUGAAUUCAUUUUUCUUCCAGGUUGGCGAGGAGUUGUAGGAUUGAGAUGCCCUCUAAGUGUUAUUUUGGUUGUUCUAACUUACAAAAGUGAUUUUGAAUAAGAAAUUCUUGGUGUUCUUUUUAUAACCAGUUUUUGAUUGGUAACUGUUUUCUGUAUUGUUUAAAGCGGAUCAAAAAAUGUAAGUCUAUUGGUAGAGAUUAAGUAUUUAUUGCUACAACUUAGUUGAUAAAUUGAUGUUAUUGUAAAGCCAUAUGUUCUGUUAAAGUCUUGUUUGCUUGAACUGAUUAUCCCUACAGGUGAAACACUAGAAUAUUUGGAGUGUACAUGGCUUGUGGUUUGGGUUUUUUUUUGUUUUUGUUUUUUGUUUUGUUUUGGUUGUUCAUCUGCCUUUUAACCCAUUCACCAAAAUUUACCUUGUUAACAAGCAACACCAAUGAAAGUUUCAGAGCAAUCUGCGUAUCUAACAUACCUAAAUCAUAUUAGGCAAGUCAGUGGAAAAAUGCUCGUGCUGCUAAUGGAAUUAGAGUGCGUUCAUUUUACAGGCUAGUAUUUUUAAACUAGAAAUCAAAAUCCGGCACCUAAGCAUGUUAAUUGUUUUACUGUACCUUGUGAGGUUUUCACUCGUAAAUUCUAAACCAGUGUAUUUUUUUUUUAAGAACUGGUUUGUGUACAUAUAUAGUGAUUAUGGAUACUAAUUCAAUGUAAUUUAUAAUUUUCUAUGUCAGUAUAAAAAUACAUCACAGCCUUCUCAAACAGCUGAAGCAAUAUAUUGUAUAUUGCCAUAUUGUCUGGUGAAAGGGUUAAAUUACUUCACCUCCUGCACUUUUAGAUGCAAAUCAGUUUUUCAUUUCUGUAAUAGAAAAUUAUUCACGUAUUUUUACAUCAUUUGUUUUUCCUGACCAGUAUUUAAAACCAAAAGGAUAUUCUGAAAAAUGGCCAACGAUUUUUUUAGAAAUAGCAUCCCAAGCAGCGUGCCUAAACAUUACAUUGCAUAUGGAAAUAAAAAAAUCAAAUGUCUAA